CGCUGCCGGUUAGAGCACAGCGAGAGGGGGUGGGUGCGGGAGAAAUCCGAGCUGCUGGAGCGCUUCGACGCAGAGAGGAAGGAGUGGGAGAGCCAGCUCAGGGAUAUGCAGAGGAAGAUCGAGGAGCUGUAUGAUGAGCUCCAGCAAUGGCUCCAGCAACCAACCAAAUCACCUCAGCAAUGGAGAAAAUGAUCAUCAUGGCAGCCACUACAGCGAGCCUCUUGAUCAGGAAAGCCAAGGUUAUGGUGCAGCUGCAGACCGAUGUGGUGUCAUUAGUCAGGACCCAGGCAUGGCAGAACUGGAGCUAAUCUUGCAGGGAUGUUUGAAGCAGGGAUUUGAGAAAACCCCAUUGCCCUCUGGGCAACAAGGCAUGACGGAACUGGAGCACAUCCUGCAGAGAUGUCUGGAACAUGGGUUUGAGAGCAGCCCCUCCCCAGCCGUGCACCAGGCCUACGUCAGCUCCCCCAGCAACUUCUCCUCUAGCAACGACAGAAAAAGGAACACCACUGAGCUCAACGCUGCUCUAAGGGAGAUCGCUAGAGUGAGUGAGGAGUUAUGCAGCUACCAGGAUGAAAUCAGAAAAAAGGCAGAGGACAAUUGGAGUGGAAUGGAGUCCUUGUCUUUUCUGGAGGAGUUUGAAGCGGUACAGAAUGUGAAAAACAUAGCCGGGAAUGUCGAUCCUCUCUUUGAUCUGAGCCAGUGGUGCAACCAGUUCCAGGUCCCGGAGGAACGGAACUGGGUCAACUGGGAGAGCACCAACCAGGAUCCCAACAAGGCAGAGCAGACCGAGCCCCCGAUCAGGAAGAGACAAGCCCCGCCUAUUCCUCCCCGUACCACUUCCUGGUAUCUCAGCAGCCCCUCAGCUCCCAAGCUAGAAUUUCCUGUCCCAGAAUCCUUCACUGACAAGAAGUGCCACAGCCCCAGUGUAGUUACAGAUAAGAAGUACCCUUCCGUGUUGAAGAAGUUUGGGGAGAUGCUGCAGGAGAAUGAGGGGUACACCCUGACAAAUUCUGGGGUUGUGGCUACUCCCGUGCCUAUGGAUUCCAAGUGCAACAUCGGCUGCUGCCACAGCAGCUGGUCCUGCAAUGGCAGCAGGUUCGGCAGCAGCAAGUCGUCCACGUACGUGCCUGUUCAGAAAUGCCCAUCAGAUGCCAAUGUUCAGGAAGCAGAGACGGACUGUAAACCAGAGAGCAUGCAAUCUGAUAAUCCAAAGUGCCCUGGGGGGCAGUUCCAGCCUGUGGACAAUGACAUUGACACACUGGAUUUUAGGGUCCCCUCCUCAGGUGUCCAACCUCCUUACCCAAAUGCAAAAGGCCCUCGGAGAAAUGCGACUCUGGAGCAGAAGACUGCAGAGUUUAACCGCACUCUGUUUCAAGUAGAGAUGGGUCAUGGGGUCGAGGACAGCAUAACACCUGCUGAAGUACCUGUGAGUGGCAGGGGUAGGUGCUCUCCCCAGCACUCUGAGAUCAAACUAAGGGAUGUGACCUCUGACCUCCCACCCCAGUAUCCAGAUUUUACACCCGAGGUCAAGACAUCUGACCUUUCAUCUGAAUACCCUGAGAUCAAACCCAAGGUCACAACCUCUGACCUCCCACUUCAAAAUCUAAAAGACAAGAAAUUGGAGGCCCCUGCUGUAGAGAGUAACCUCUCUGCUUUCACACAGUAUGUCCCGAGCAUGGUGCAGGCCAAGUCCCCAGGAGUAAGGACAGGGACCGCAGUAUGGCAGACGGAUAAAGUGAGAUCAGGGAGUUCUACCCGGGGACGUAGCAACAUUGGGUCAUGGGUUCUAAAAGACCAGCCCUGGAAACCCACCACUCUGGCUGCUUACCCACGACCUGCAGACUCCAGGUCCAAUUAUGGAGCUGUGGAGAAAAUUCUGAAGAGCUACGAGAGUUCUGAUGGGGUCCAGUGCUUUAUGCAGUGCCGUCCCAGUCCAACCCAGGAGGAUGACCUCAUUGAGCUGCUGGACAACCUAGAGGUCAAGCAGCGACUAUCCUCUAGAGAAACAACAAGCACCAGACCAGGCUUGCGCAGAGAGACAGUCAGUACCAUGCAGGAGAGCAGAGAAUCCUAUGUGUCUGUGAAGAAGAGCUUCUCGCGCCCUGCCUGUCCUGCCAACCGACGACUCCCAUCCCGAUGGGCCACCCGCUCCCCUACAGCGCCCUCUGCCCCCUCGACCCGCCCCUCAGUCACCAUUCAAACGCGGACUUUUUCCUACUCCAACCACAGAGAGACUGGGAUCAUUUGACCCUUGAGACAAGAGGUGACUGAAGUCCAUUCAAGACUAAAGGAGAGAUGCCUCUCCAGAUUCUUAACCAUGCCCUCCCCCCCUGUAAAUACCAAUCCAAGACUGUUAUUUCUACCCUGCUACAAAGUGCUUUUGCUGUGUGGUCUCUGCACAGCAACAUAUUUUUAGAAGAUGAUGCAUUACCUAAAGAAACUCUAAGCGCUGGCAUGGAGUCUCCAGUGUUUCCUUGGCCUCCUGUUCUUCUGUACCAAGCUCAGUCAUUACAUUCAACACCUUUUUCUUUUUCUUACAGUUUACUGAGUGAUCGCCGUGUUGUACUCCUGUUUAUCCAUCGUUCUGUGCAUGGCUCCCUGUUUGUGGGUGCACGUGUCUGUGUUUGAGUGUAUCAGACAUUAUAUAGGUCAUUGCUAUCGAUAAGUAGUAGUUAUACAUUUAUCUGCAACUUUAAUCAACAUGGUAAUUAUCUGGCGUCCUUAAGCUUCAUUAUAUUGAAUUAAGCCUUUUAAAUGUUACAGUAAUGUAGUGAACUGUUCUGGAAGUGAUGGCUUUACUGUGCUUUUCUGAUAAUAAAUAUUGCAAUGUAUUUAACAGCUUAAUGUC